AACGAGAUUCGAAUACUAGGUGUGUAUAUAAACCAGAGGAUUUAGCUUUCUUGGUUUAGAUCACGAAAUCCCCCAAAACGAAAAUGAAACUUCUUCUGCUUCUGGCAGUGGCCGUCUUCAUAGCCCACGUGGCUGUGGCCCAGACAACUGAAUCCUCUGACGAUGAAGACUAUUCCUACGACUACGAUGAUGACAGCGAUACUACAGAUGACUCCGAGGACAGCUCUUCAGACUCUGGAGACAGCACUGCAGACUAUGGAGACAGUACGGGCAGCAGCACGGACGUCGAUAGUGGCAACAGCUCUGAGGACGACUACGGUUCCGAUGACGACUAUGCGGCUUCUAGCGAAGCUACUGAAGCACCAACUGCCGCUCCAGUAGCCAAGAAGAUUAAGAGGGCUGGUGCCAGGAAAAACAACAAGAACAAGAAGAACAAGGCAGCUGUUAAACGUCGCAGUGCCCCCGCUGCCAAGAAAAAUAAUAGGAAGAAAGUGGCUAAGAAGCGAACACCUACACCUGUGGCAGCCAAGAAGAAGGCCAAUACCGCCGCCAACAAACGCAAGCGCACAGGCUAA